UUCUUUGCCUUUCAGAACUUGCGCGCAUGAAUUGUUGGAUGUUUUUCCUUUUUGUUGGACAUGUUGAUCUGAAAGGAAAAAGAAAAAAAAGCAUUUGCCUCUCAUAGUGACACAUCACUGGACGGAAUUUGACUUUUUUUUGUUGUUUGUUUCUUUAAAGGGAGGUGGAGACAACUUGCCACCCACUCCCUCUGUCCUUGACUGAAAUAACCAACUAAUUUUGCACAGGGGAGACACUUGUAAGGACUCCCAAAGCGCUCGAAAUGGAGGCUCCCGAGGAAUACUGUGCUAGUAACGGCCAAUACUCUCCCGGUAAGGAGAACUCGAGAAUGUUGGCGGAUAUGUCAGCACCUAAUGGACAGACGGUUCCUCAGGGUCCUAAUUCCCCCAGUGAACUGACAAUUAAGCAAGAGGAAGAAACCACGGAAGAGGCGGAGAGCAGAAGCCCAGCGCCUGAAGACGCCGGCCAAACGGGGGACGAAGGCGUAGUGCUGGAGGAAUCCAUUACCGGCAGCCCAAGCAACAUCAUACAGGACGGAUUGUCCGGCCCGAAUGUGACAGCCGAUGCAGGAAACCGACAACCGAACGGUGACAGGCCGUUCCAGUGCAACCAGUGCGGUGUGUCGUUCACCCAGAAGGGAAACCUGCUGCGACACAUCAAGCUGCACACAGGUGAAAAACCCUUCAAAUGCCCCUUCUGCAGCUACGCCUGCCGGCGGCGCGAUGCCCUCACCGGCCAUUUGCGCACUCAUGCUGUUGGCAAACCGCACAAGUGCAACUACUGCGGCCGGAGUUACAAGCAGCGGACGUCUCUGGAGGAGCACAAAGAGCGCUGCCACAGCUACCUGCAGGGCAUCGGCUUGGAUCCCGCCGCCAACACCGGCCCGUACACAGGCGAGGUCCCUAAAGAGCCCAGGUCCCUGGCCGAGGCCAACACCAUGGCCAACUUUGAUCGGCCUCCUAUCAUCGAAAGGCUGCACAGCAACGUAGGCAAGAGGAAGAGCACCACGCCUCAGAAAUUUGUGGGUGAGAAGAUGGUCCGCUACAGCUAUCCUGAUUUAGGCUAUGAGAUGGGCCUCAAGUAUGAGAAGCAGGCUGAGCUGAUGCCCCCCCACAUGAUGGACCAGGCCCUCAGCAACCCCAUCUCAUACCUGGGUUCAGAGACCAUGCGCCCCAUGCUCCACCACCACCCAGGUCCUCUCUCUAUGGCUGACGUGGUGCCCAUCGUCAACCCCCUUUUCCACCACGUCCUGCCUCUUGGCCAGCGAGCGGAGCGGCCGGGAAACUGCGACACGCUGCCGCCGCAGCCCCACGAGUUCCCGAGCCAUCCCACCUCGAACGGCCCCUCCGCUAUCAUCAGGCAGGGCAAGCCGCCACAACCGGGGCAAGAGGAGUCGCCCAGCAACAGCGGCAUCGACUCCGCCGACUCGGCUCGCAGCAGCCCCCAGGACAGGCAGGGCUACCACGGCGGCGGCGGUGCCCCUCCCGGCCUCAGGUCUCGAGCCAGCCCGGCGGUGGUGUAUUCGGGCGAGCGGAUUAGAGACGCGUCCCCCAGAAGCGGGGCGGGAGUCGGGGCCGGGAUGACGAGGGCGACCACGGAGAGACCCGCGAGCCAGGACGGGGUGAGGGUGUUCGGACGAGAGGGACAGGAGCUGCGGGCCUUCCAGUGCGAGCACUGUCGAGUGCUCUUCCUGGACCAUGUCAUGUACACCAUUCACAUGGGUUGCCACGGAUACAGAGAACCGCUCGAGUGCAACAUUUGCGGUCACCGGAGCAAGGACCGCUACGAGUUCUCCUCUCACAUAGUCCGCGGCGAGCACACCUUCCAGUAGAGAAGCAGAGGGAGCGAAGGGAAGGACAGCGAAGCGACAGGAGCAAUAGCCUGACAUCCGUCCUCGUCCCCUGUGAGACUGUCGAACGGCGGCGCUGUAGACACGUGUAGCACAAUCACGGACUUUGUUUUUAAGCUACUUAUUGUGAAUCUGAACAGUUGAACAAUCACAUGAAGGUAUGGGCCAAAGACACAUUUUCUACUUAUUUAAUUAUGUAGAGGAAGGAAGGACGCUUUUGUGUUUUAUUUCUUUUUUUUUUUUCCUCACAAAAUGUUACUGAAUUGUAGAACAGAGCAGCUUUGACUUCAUUUUAGUCUUUUUUUUCUCCCCUGCUUUCACCUUCCUUGAGCUUUUAUUGACGUUUUCAUUCCUAAUGUCGUGUAAUAGAGCCGAUUCCUGCCUUGUGGGGUCAGCGAGGUGGACGGAACCAGCCAGGAUAGAAUAUCAAGGGUUCGUUAAAUCCUCAGAAAAAUUAAAAGAAAAAAUCUCCUAGGAUGUUAAAUGUGCUGAGAGGAUUUUGACUGCCCAAACUUGUCAUUAGAGGUUACUUCAGGUCAACCACCAACGAUGGAUGCAACGACUUUUUCUCUUUUGGUGUCCCAUUAGCGUCGAGGCUUUGAAUGUAAUCUGUGAAGCAUCAAUACGGGUGACAAAACGGAUGUGUCAGAACUAGAUUUACAGAUGUAUAUCACAACUUGUAAAUUUGUAAUUUACGCUGAGUUGUUGCGGUAAAUUACCACGAAUGUGUUUUUUUACAAGUGCACAACACGUCUAAUUUGUGAAGCUAGCUUUGUUAAAAGCAAAAAAAAAUAAAAAAUGCUGCACAACUAGCCGAUGCCAGACGACUACCUCUCAACAACCCGCCCGGAAAGAUUGAUCGACUGACGCUACGAUUGUCGUACGAUGCUACUUUAUACGAAUCGUGUCAGUUUGUUUUUUUUUUUUUUAAACCCGAACCCGGCCGUGUUUUCGCGGCUCUCAGUGGCUUGUGAAGCACUUAUGAACCGCUGGCACAGAAAAUGAAAACCACCGACUUCCCUUGGUGGUUUGUGAAUUUUGAAGUCCUGUCAAAACAAAAAAACAAAAAAGCAAACAUCAUCUGAACCAGUUUUCAAAAAUUAACUGUGGUAGAAUAACCUGGAUUAGUUUAAACAUGCAGAUGAAUAAAUCUAUGUUUUGAUCUUUAUACGCUCGUGGUUUAUUUCAAAUGAUGCUGGAAACAUAACGAAUUCGGACUCGGUCGAGCAAAUCGCCCGUACGUUUAAAAUCGUCAGAACAUUUGUGAAUCUCUCUGUUUAUAUUUCGUGAAGCUGAAUUCGUUGCUUGCAUCGAGACUCGUUCCUCUGUUCGGUUUUUUUUUGCACUUACAAGGUAGAGCUAUUGAUCAGGAAGCACACUGGACGGUAAACAAGAAAGUCCACACUUUAUCGCUCUCGUCAGCCCCGUGACCUUAACGAGUUCGGCCAUGGCCUUCUGUCUCUCAGCUCUUAAAAGCUUCCAGUGUAAUUUCACACAGAUAAUUUGUUGGGUUCCUUUGUGUUGCACCUACAUCACGUCCUGUUGGCUCGUGGGUUUGCUGGCAGCCUGAGCAUCCCCUAAACUUUGUUUGAAAGUGACAGAUGACAUGGGCAGCCCAAAAAAA